AUGAUCGAGAGGGUCGUAGGCGAGCUGAUGGAUGUGCACCCCGACCUGCGCGUCAAAGAAGCAGCACUGCGCUGGCUGCGUCAUGGCAGUGUGCCAGAUUCCGACCUCUUCCGCAUGGUAACUCCUACUGGACUCCCCCACCUCCUGGCUAUGGCCUGCAGCACUUACACCAACUACCGACCACAGCGCGUUCUCGAAUUGGCGGCCGACUCUCCCACCCGAAUCCGAGUCCUGCCAUGGAUUGUGGGGCCUGAGUUGGCGCUAGAGGUCGUCAUCGAAACUGCCUUUGCUGCCGUUAUGGAUAAUGACAUCAUGGUCGCCACUGAGGGAUGCAAGGUGCUUGGUCACUACAGUGUCCUCAACGACGAGCCUGCUUCGCGUGAGAUUGAUGCCUACGCUCACAGGGCGGACUUGCUGGUCAAGACUACUGUGCGAAGGCGGCCUCCGGUGGCCAGUCUCCUGGCGCUUGCCGCCAAGGUGCCCUACCCGCUGAACUGCACGCGCUCGUGCAAGACACAUCGUCAGCGGCCCAAGCCCAAGGUGCCUCCUUGUGUUCACUUAGGGCUAGACGAACUGCAAAAGGCGGCGAAGGCCACCCUCCUGCGCCUGGGUGGAGUCAUACCUGCGUUGUACGACCACGUGGUCCCGUAUGUCGUGUCGAUGCUGUGCCCGGACCAUCAGUGGCAGUUGCGGGAAGGCGGAUUGCUGGUCUUGGGAUGCAUGAUGCGAAAGUGGACUGAGCUGCAUAGUGGAUAUGCAGACCUGCACCUGUCAGUCAUCUCCUCGCUCACCGAUCCGGAGGCGCGAAUACGGAGGAGGGCUGCAUGGGUGGCAGACGCCAGCCUGCGCUGGCUCGACGAGGCCACGCAAAAAGAGGCCAUUUCGCUCUUGGUGCCUCUGCUGCACGACCCGGACCAUAAGGUUCAAGGUGCAGCGUACAAGGCCCUCCGAAGGCCUGUGGUCAAGACGAUUAUCGAGGGCUGCCUCAACCACCUGCAACACAGCGCCCUCCCGUGGGGCUGCCAGGAUGAGCUGACGCUGCUCACCUUGGCCCAUUGGAUUCCUGACUUUGUGCGAGGAGACGACGAUGUGCACGACACAGAUGUGGUCGCGGGGUGCGUUGUAGACGGGGAGCAGCUGAUCAUUGCCUGCGAAAGGCAUUUCGAAGCGACGUCAGCCGUGUUCCUGGCUGGCCUUGGUGCCCUAUGUAGCUUGCUGGAGCAUGGCCUCGUCAGUCUCGAGCCUGACAGAGCGACCAAGUGGAUCCUAUUCGCUGUGGACACGCUCCAGUUAAACAGUCUGCCCGGCCUCAGUGCGCUCUACUGCUUCAUCAAGAGGUAUCCCGAGUGUGUCACUGCGCAACUCUCCCUCGUCGUUCCCGCGCUCAUGACGAGGCCACUGGCGUACAACUUGCAAGAGUCCAUGUACGGCUUCUGCAUGUGCAUCGAUGCGCUGACCACGCACUGCACAGAGGGCGUGCGCGCGUGGGUCACAAGCCUCUCUUCGUUUCUCGUUCGCCACAACUACAGCAUGCCCCAGCAUAUGGCGCUGCGUUGCUGCGUGCAGUUGGCCCAGUGUGGCGCGGCCGACCUCGACCCGGGAGUCUUCGCCCUGCUGACCGAACUCAACGGGGGCACGCUCCACGCCAUCACCGCCUCGGUCUCGGGCAUCGAGCACACGUUUCGGCCCACCACGGAGGGCCUCGCCAACCUGCUGCUCGAGUCUCUGGCCGCACGCAAAGCUCAUUUGGCAGCACCUGCGUUCGACCUGUGCGCACGCGAAAUUCCCUCACCACAGGCCGCGCUCGGCCUGUUCAUGCUCUUCGCCGACCACCUGCAGCGCCGCACGAGAGCCUACCAGCGCCUGCAGACCAGCAUCAGCCAACAGCAGCACACAGGCGCGGAUGCACGAGGGCUGCCGCAGGUGGAAGAGAACAGAUGCUGUCCCUACGGCCAGGACGACAGCAAGGAGCUGCGAGACAAGGUGCAGCGGGUGCUGCAUGAGCUCGCGGCUCGCAUCGGCGAGAGGCUGCUCCGGGAGCAGAAGCGAAGGCUGCAGCGCCAUGCUGGUGGCCUCCGCCGCUAUCUGCACGCCGAAAGCCCGCUCCUCGCCCUCCUCGAGGCCUGA